AAAGCAAGUGCACAUGGUAUUAAAAGUCCGCGAAUUAAACAAGCCAGCCGCCAAUCUCGAGCUAAUCCAGAGAUUAUUACCUCAUGCGUGCUUAGCCGUGCUCCGUUUGUCGUUCGUUGCUACCUGCAGCCUCAACAACCACAACCCCAGUCUCGACAACACGCACCGCAACCAUGGUCGACUCGGACUCGUCGCUCUCCUCGGCGCCGUCGACUGACGACGAAAUGGCCGUCGACGUGGCGCCUGCCAAAGCCAGCAAACCAGUGCCCCAGAAGAAGACGAAGAAGAAGAAGUCCAACGGCACCAUCCUGACCUUCUUCAAGAAGAAGUCGCCCUCGCCGCCGCCCAGGACGCGUCCAGCCUCGCCGCCACACGAAUAUGUGCCGGCGGAUAACCCAGAUGUUGCUUUUAUCGUCAUGUUCCGGUCGCGCUUCAACGAUGCCUUCCCGCGCGGCUCUCCCCACGUCGGGCCCCAGGAUAUCGAGCUGGGCGUGCUGGACGAGAAACCGUCGCCUGAUGUCGAGGGUCUGCUAUGCGCCCUGCUGGGUCUGGUCCUCAAUCGCAAGAAGCCUGUCGAGAAAGGUCACUACGGCCGCGCGCUCGAAGAAGCCGUCCAGACACAGAAAUCGCAAUGGCCACGCAAGUGGAACUAUAUGAACCCGCUCAGCGGCAGUCGCAACUUCAACACCAUGUCGGCAGACGAGCGCAUCACCCUCCUUCACACCCUCACGCUCUGGACUCUCAACCAAAACGAGCAGGUCAAGGCCAUCAUUGCAGACUCAUACAAGCACCGCACGACUAAAGACAGACUCGACACCAACAUCCCUCUUUCGGUACAGCCAUGGGGCCGCGACGGCGACAAGCGUCGGUACUGGCUGGUCGAAGGCCAAAAUGACACCCACUUCCGCGUCUACCGCGAGAGCGACCCACACCUGAAGAAGGCGACGUGGUGGAGUGUUGCGGGCUCCAUCGAAGAGCUGCAGGCGCUGGCCAAGACACUCGAGGAAGAGGACGGCACAAAAGAGGCCAAGGCACUGGGCGAGCGCAUGAUGAACGCCGUGCCACGUUUCGAAGCAUCGGAGAAUAAGCGCAAACGCCGCGAGUACCGCGUCCACCGCAACGCCACCUUCACACGCCCCGACCCCGGCUUCUCCCUCUACGAAGGCCGUACCCGCGGCAAGCGCCUCAAAUACACCUUCUCCGACGGCGAGGACUUCGACUCCGACAACACUUCUACCCGCCGCUCUGCCCGCAACUCCGGUCGGGAAACGCCCACUGUCCCCGCAGGUCCCACCGUCACCGCCAGCGGCCGCCAGGUCCGAUCCCGCGCAACAGGCCUCUACGGCGAGACACUGCUCAGCGGGCAAGUCACCGACCACGGCUCUCCUGCAACCGGCGAAUACAUGCGGUCUGACGCCUCGGAGGAACCACAACCCACCCACGGCCGGUCCACGCGCGCUGCUGCGAACGGUCGCCCACUGGCCCGCGUAGUUGACUCGGAAGAAGAUGACGACGCCACAUCGUGGGACGGCGGGGACGAAGACGACGACGAUGUGGAGCCCGAGGCUGAGGGCAUGGAUGUUGACCUCGACGGCGACGAGGAUGCUGAUGUCGAUGACGACGCCGAGGGGGAAGACAUAGACACAGACCCGCAGACCCUCGUCGUUACACUACGGUAUGGAAAGGGUCGGCCUGGUCCGAAGCCUGCGCCGGACUCGCUCAUGGCGGAUGAUGCGCCGCCUCCUGUUCUCGCGCCGGCUGCGGAAACGGAACUCGAGCAGCGGACGGGGGAUAUAUCGCUUGGUGGGCCGACGACUAAGCUUGAGGGGUUCUUUAAUGCGGAUACGAAGGCGUUGGGGGGGUUGCCUGUGCCUGUGCCUGUUUCGACGCCCGCGUGGCAGUAGUUGGAUGUACAGUUGGGUUGGACAGGAUGUGGUGUGUUUGAUAGAAGUGUGCUGGACGGAAUAGAGAGAGAGAGAGAUGAAAUACCAAAU